UAUGACCACUUUCUGCGUAGGAGUGAUAGUGCAGCUGUGGAUGUACUGUUACUUCGCCAACAAAAUCACUGCUGAGACGGACGCGGUGGGUGACUCGGCGUACAGCAGCGAGUGGUAUGAGGCGGACGCGGCCUGCAAGCGCUCUCUGGGCAUCGUCAUCACCCGCGCGCAGAAGAGGACGCCCUUCACCGUCGGCAAGUUCACCGAGCUCUCCCUCGACACCUUCGCCUCGAUUCUAAAAGGGUCAUACACAUACUUGAUGUUGCUGAUAGAAGCUAGAGGAUAAGAUAUUUCACAUGAAUGGUUUGUAACUUGCUAACAUCUAAAUUAGUAUAUGGUUCAAAUAGUGUUUGUAAGCUGUUUAAUGAAUAAUACUUUUAAUGGAUAUUGUGAAGUGUGUCUGUUGGUACUCGUAACUGUUUUAUUCAAUUAUUUGUUUACAUAGUGCCUGCA